AUGAAUUCAAAAAGUGCACUUUAAAGUGCAAAACCAACCAACAUCAAGCAACUGUAAAUGUUACAGCUGCUUGUUGAGAGAGUGUAUAUCCCUUUAGAAUCGAAAGUUGAAUUGCGGACCACUCUCUAAAAGUUUACUAGUCAAAUAGAACAUUCUAGCCAACAGGUAGCUAUUUAAAUUAUAAUUUAAGGUUUCAGGCACCAUUACAAUUGAACUGCCAGAUGUUGUUGAUCAAAUUGAUGAUGAAACUGCCCUAAAGAAUUAUGAACUUAUGGAAAAAUAUGAAGACUAUAUAGGGAAAUGGUCAUAAACAAUCAGGCAAACUAUAUUGAAGGAAGCUAGUAGAAAAACUGAAAAGAAUUCUGCUUUGGCGGAUAUCAUGUUAUGGAGAUCUAGAUCAGCAAAUUUGAGUACUUUGUAUUAAUAACUUGUAAUUUCAAUAUAUUAAUUAAUAUUAGUAAAACCCCAUCGUAGCGAAAGUGAGAUAGAGAUUAUAAACCUAUUUAGAAGACAAUUAAUCAUCUGUGCUGGAAUUUAAUGGCUAAUUUGCAGAAUUAACAAAAGCUUAGGCUGAAGCUAAGGACAAUGUUAAAUUUCUCACAACUCUUGAAAGAUAAUUUAAAAAUUUAGACUAAGAUGGAUUAAAUGGAAUAAAAGAAACAUUACCUUCUCUUAUGAAUGGACUUAAGAUGGUUUGGAUUAUUUCUAGACAUUAUAAGGAAGGAGAUAAGAUGCAGAACCUAUUACAAUUAAUUUCAGAAGAAAUAGCUGAUAAAGUAGAAUCUUAAAUAAAAAUACCUUAAUUAUUUACAUUGAGAGAUGAUUUACCUUAUGAAAUAUAAUUGGAAACUAGCAUCAAUUUAAUUAUGUAAGGUUCUGAAAUUCUUAAAUCAUGGAAGGAUCUCUAUCAUAAAACAAAAUUAGCUAUUGAAGAAGAGAAUCUUGAUCGUUGGGAUUUUACUGUCAGAACUAUUUAAGAGAGAAUUGAGUAUAUGGCAAAUAGAUUGGAUGAAUUGAGAAAAGUAAUUGAUACAGUGAGAAAAUUCUUAGUUUUUUUGGGUCCAAAUUUAAAAAAGGUAACAGGAAAUGCUUAAGAAAUUGAUAAAAGGAUAGAAGAUGUUAAAUAAUUAAUAACUCCUAUAGUUAAUAGUCCUUAUAAUUUCUUUUAAAAGGGAAAUGCAGGUUAAUGGAAAACAAUUUAUUAAAAAUUCUAAGAGAAUUAAAAGUAAAUUGUAGGAAAAACAAUAGAAUUAAUUGAUGAAACCUUUAAAUCCUUAAGAUCAGCAGAAGGUGCUUUUGAUUUAUUAUAAAAUUUUAAAAGUAUUGAUACAUUAGACGAUAUCAGUACAACCUUAUAAAAAAAGUACUUAGAAGUGCUUAAAUAAUAUUAGAAGGAAUUAGAAGAUAAUCAAAAAUUAUUUGAUAAAGGAUAAUAAGCAACUGAUGUAGCCCUUAUAUCAUCAAAAAAUCGUCCACCUGUUGCAGGUUCUAUAAGUUGGGCAAGAUCAAUAUUUUAUAGAAUUAAACGACCAGUUCUUAAAUUUAUAACAAGGGAGGACACUUUUAUUGAAAAGAAGGACUCAUAAGAGAAGUAAGAGAAUAAAGAGGGCAAAAAUCCUAAAGAUUUAGGUUCACAAUAUAAUGAAUCAAAAAAUUAAUAUAGAACAUUAGCAAAGAAAUUGGAUUAAUUCUAAAAAGAAAAAUUUGAAAGUUGGGAGAAAUCAAUUACAGAAAAAGCUUUGCAAUAUCAAAAAAAUAGAAUUUUAACUAAACAUGAAUAACCAAAAGAAGAAGGAAGUUGGAAUCGUAGAUAUACAGUGUUCUUUUAAGAUGAAUUUAAAACUUUGAUUAAGGAAACAAAGUAAUUAGAAAAAAUGGGAUAUAAGAUCAAUCAGACAACUAUUAAUAUAUCAAAAUUAGAGAAAGAAUUUUAUGGUUAUAUUGAUAGAUUGUAAAUAAUGUUAAGAGAAUAUGAUGAAGCAGUUCAUACAUUAUAACCAAUAGAGAAGGAGUUAUUGAAAGAAAAAAUUAUGAAAUUAAAUAGAGCUUUAGAACCUGGACAUGAAUCUUUAAAUUUGGCAUCUUUGGGAAUUCCAGAUUUUAUUGAUAAUUGUCUUAAAGCAAUUAACGAAUUUAGAGAUAUUAAGAAGAAAGUAAGAAAGUCAACAGGAAUGAUUGAAGAUAUAGUAAAAUCAAUUGAAGAAGCUUAAAUUUUAAGAGAAUAUGAUUUUGAGACAAGAAAGGAAAAUGCAUCAUUACCUUAAUUGAAUGAAUUCUAAAGUUAUUUUGAAGAACAUCUAAAUAAAACAAUAGAAGAGUUGGUAGAGAAAUACAAAUUAGUUGGAGAUAACUUCUUAAGAAAUAUAGAGGAAUCUAUUUUCAAUAGUUCAUCUAAAGGCGAACCUAGAAUGAGAGAAUAUUACUAUUAUUGGGAAAGAAGAAUCUACAAUGCAUUAGUGAAAAUGACAUUAAGAGGAUUUUUAACUUUUAAAAAUUUAUUGUAAUAACCAAGUGGAAAACAAGUACCAUUGUUUUAGAUCACUGCAGAAUAUAAUCAUCCUUAAUUAAAUACAAUUCCUCCUAUUCCUGAAGUCACAACAGUUUUAGAAAAGAUUUCAACAAGUAUAAAGGAAGCUUCAUAAGGAUUUUGGAGAUGGAUGGAUGGAUAUUGUAUUUUUUGUGAAAAGAAGCAGAGUCGUAGUGCUAAUGAAGAAAUACAGUAUCAUACAUUCUACAGUUAAAUUAUAAGAAAUCCAAUUAUUACUAGAAUUGCUAUGUAAAUUGGUAUAAUAAGAGAGAAGGCUAGUGAUAAAGUUAAUAAUUUUAAGGAGAUGUGGGAAGAUGACAAAAAGAAACCAUUAUGGGAUUAAAAGGCAAAGCAUGCUGUAGAAAAAAUAAUAGAUAAAAAUCCAACAACUCUCUCAUUAGAAAUAAUGAUGAGUAAAUACAAAGGAUUGAUAUAAGAUUUUGAAGAGUAUCCUAGAGAAAGAAAGGCCUUUUUUAUUUCUGAAUAUUUUGGAAAUGUUAUUGAAAGUUUCAAAGCUCAAGCUAAAGAUUGGAUGGAUAAACAUGGUAUAGUGUUAAAGACUUUGGGUAUGAGAGAAUUGGAAGGAAUAAAAAAGGAGAUUGAUGAUUAUAGAGAAUAAUUAAUGGUGUAACCAAAGGAUAUUGAAGAUUUGAAGAAACUUUUAAAUUUAAUUUAAGAAAUAAAGAAUAUGACAAUGAAUAUGGAAUUUAAAAUAGGAGAUGUUACAGAGAGAUUUAGAACAUUAAAGAUGUAUUAACAAAAUGUAGAACAAGAGAAAUUGGAAGAGGCUUUUUCAUUGAAUGAUAGAUGGAAUGAACUUGUUAAUCAUGCUAAAAAGAAGGAUUCAAAAUUAGUGGAAAAGAAAAAGGAAUUUGCUGAAGUAACAAAAAAAGAGGUAGAGCAAUUUAAGGAAAAUAUUAAAUUAUUAUAUAAAGAUUUUAAGGCAAGUGGUCCAGGUGCUGAAAGUACUUCCUUAGAUAAAGGUUUAGAAUCUCUAUAAGAAUAUAAGACUGUUGUUUCAGAAUUAAAUGCUAGAAGAGAAGAAUUAGUAAAAGCAGAAAAACUAUUCAAUUUACCAAUCUCUUCAUUUCCUGAAUUAGUUGCAAUAGAAGAGGAAAACAAAGUUUUGUCUGUUUUAUAUGAUUGCUAUAGAACAGUUAAAAAUUAGAUUUAAGAAUGGUCUGUUAUGUUAUGGGUUAAAUUAGAUGCAGAUUUAUUGAAAAAUGGAGCAGACAAUUUUGAUAAAUAAAAGAAGAAAUUAGCAAAAUAAUAUGAGAAGAAUACAGUUUAUGAGAAAUUAGCAAAGAAAAUUACAGAUUUUAAAGAUUCAAUUCCAUUAAUUUAAUAAUUAAAGAGUGGAGCAAUAACAGAUAGACAUUGGGAAAAAUUAAUGAAAGAAACUGGAGUGAAAUUUGAAACAUCAAUUAAGAGUAUGACAUUAGAAUAAGUUUUUGCUUUAAAUUUGGCAAGAUUCCCAGAGAAGGUUACAGAAAUUUGUACUGAAGCAAAUCAAGAACAUAAAAAUGAAGAAGAAAUUAGUAAAAUUGAAUAAGCUUGGAAAACAGCAAGUUUUACAAUAGAUAAAGAUAAGAAAGGAUUUUAAGUUAUAAAAACAGUUGAUGAGAUAAAACAACUAUUGGAAGAUUAAUUGGCUAAUUUAUAAACAGUUUCUAGUAGUAAAUAUGUUGCUGCAUUCAUUUCAAGAAUUAGACAUUGGGAAUAAGCAUUAAAUAGAAUAAGUGAAGUUAUAGAUGUUUGGUUACAAGUUUAAAAGAAAUGGUAAGAUUUAGAGGGUAUCUUUAUGGGAUCUGAAGAUAUUAGAUAAUAAUUAAGAGAGGAUUCAAAGAAGUUUGAUUAAAAUGAUAAGGCUUAUAAGAAAAUUAUGGAAUAAACUGCAAAGAAUCCUAAUAUCUAUGCUAGUUGUGUGGUAAAUGAUGGAAGAUUGAGUGAAUUGAAGGCUUUAUCUGAUUAAUUAGAUAAAAGAUAGAAAUCCUUAUCAGAUUAUUUAGAUACAAAAAGAAAUGUGUUUCCAAGAUUUUAUUUCUUAUCAGAUGAUGAUCUGUUAUCAAUUUUGGGAUCAAGUGAUGUAUCAGCUGUUUAGCCACAUACAUUAAAAUUAUUUGAUAAUUGUAGGGAAAUGUUACUUUCUAGAAAUAAAAUGGUAAUUGGUAUGGCAUCUGAUGAAGCAGAAGAAUUUUCUUAUAAGGAACCAUAGAAAACAGAUGGUCCAGUAGAAUUAUGGAUGACAAGAGUUGAUGAAGAAAUGUAAUCAACGUUAAAAAAGAUGACAAAAGAGGCUAUAUUCCAUUAUGCAAAUAAAGAGAGAGUACCUUGGAUUCUAAGUUAAAUAGGUAUGAUUUCAAUAGCAGGUACAUAAGUAUGGUGGACUUGGAGAGUGGAAGAUGUAUUUAGAAAGGUUUAAGAGGGUAAUAAAUAUGCAAUGAAAGAAGAGUUAAAGAAAUAAACAAAGGAUUUAGAUGAUUUAAUUGAUUUAGUAAGAACAGACCUUAAAAUGAUAGAUCGUAUUAAAAUUAAUACAUUAAUUAUUGUUGAUGUGCAUGCUAGAGAUAUUGUAGAUUUCUUUGUUAAAGAUUCAAUUUUGGAUGCUAAAGAAUUUGAAUGGGAAUCUCAAUUAAGAUUUUAUUGGGUUUUAGAAGAUAAUGACAUAAGAAUAAGAUAAUGUACAGGUACUUUCACAUAUGGAUAUGAAUAUUAAGGAUUAAAUGGAAGAUUAGUUAUAACUCCAUUAACAGAUAGAUGUGUAAUGACAUUGACAACAGCUUUAACAUUUAAAUUAGGAGGUGCUCCAGCUGGACCUGCAGGAACUGGUAAAACAGAAACAGUAAAAGAUCUUGCAAAAUCUUUAGCUAUUAGAUGUUGUGUUACGAAUUGUGGUGAAGGUUUGGAUUAUAAAGCUAUGGGUGUUAUAUUUAGUGGUUUAGUAUAAACAGGAUUUUGGGGAUGUUUUGAUGAAUUCAAUAGAAUAACAGCAGAAGUUCUAAGUGUUGUUAGUGUUCAAAUUAAGACCAUACAAUAAGCAUUAGUAUAAGAGAAGAAAACAAUUGAAUUAUUAAAAAAAGAAGUCUAAGUUAAAACAACAGUAGGAAUAUUUGUUACAAUGAAUCCAGGAUAUGCUGGUAGAACUGAAUUACCUGAUAAUUUGAAAGCCCUAUUUAGACCAGUGGUCAUGGUAGUUCCAGAUUCAAAUAUUAUAUGUGAAAUAAUGUUGAUGAGUUAGGGAUUCAAUUCAGCUAGAGUUUUAGCUAAAAAGAUGACUGUACUCUAUAAAUUGGGUAGUGAACAAUUAAGUAAGUAAUAUCAUUAUGAUUUUGGAUUGAGAGCAUUAAAGAGUGUGUUAGUUAUGGCAGGUUCACUUAAAAGAGAAGCUGCUGAUUUACCUGAAGAUACUGUUUUAAUGAGAGCACUUAGAGAUAUGAAUAUGCCUAAAUUCAUUUUUGAAGAUGUUCCUUUGUUUUAAGGAUUAAUUACAGACUUAUUCCCUAAAAUUGAUGUUAAAAGAAAACCAUACGAAAAAAAAGAUAGAAUUUAAGAGAUUGUUGAAUAAUUAGGAUAUAGACCUUUAGAUGAUUAAAUUGAUAAAGUGGUUUAGUUAUAUGAAACAAUGUUAACUAGACAUACAACUAUGGUUGUUGGACCUACUGGAUCAGGCAAAUCUGCAGUCAUUGAAAUUUUAAAGAGAGUAGAAAGUGCUACCUAUUAUUGUAUUAAUCCUAAAUCAAUAACUGUUAAUGAACUUUAUGGUGUGAUGGAAAUGACAACAAGAGAAUGGAAAGAUGGAAUUUUGAGUAAGAUUUUCCGUAUUGCAAAUGAAAAACCAUCUGGCUAAUAAGAAGUACAUUAAAGAUGGAUUUUAUUAGAUGGUGAUGUUGAUGCUGUUUGGGUUGAAAAUAUGAAUUCAGUUAUGGAUGAUAAUAAAUUAUUAACACUUAUUAAUGGAGAUCGUAUUCGUCUAGAAAGAUUUUGUAAAUUAUUAUUUGAAGUAUUUGAUCUUUAAUAUGCCUCUCCUGCAACUAUUAGUAGAUGUGGUAUGGUUUAUGUUGAUCCUAAAAAUUUAGGAUAUAAACCAUUUUAUGAUAAAUGGUUAUCAAAAUGGUAGAAGAAAGGAGAUAAAGCAGAAGGCUUGAAAUCUAACUUAGAAGAGUUUUAUUCUAAAUAUAUUCCUCCAUUGAUGAAUCUUAUAUUUGAAGGUAUUGAUGGAGAAGAAUAAGGACAUGUCUUAGAAUUUUCAAUACCUAGAACUAACUUAAAUUGCAUUACUUAAUUAACUAAAAUGUUAGAUACUAUUAUUAAUGAAGAAGAUCCUUAAUUCGAAUAAGAAAAUCUAGAAUUGGCCUAUAUUUUUGCAAUAGUUUGGUCUUUGGGUGCAUGCUUAAAAUUUGAUGCUCGUAAGAAAUUUGAAGAAGUAUUAAGAAGAGUUGCUUAAAGACAUAUUCCUCCUGGUUCAUUAUUUGAUCUUUUCUUUGAUUAUACUUUGGAUAAUAAAGCUUGGGUUGCUUGGGAAAAGAAAGUUACUGAAUAUUAACCACCUCAUGAUGGAAAAUUCUCAAAAAUCCUAGUUCCAACUGUUGAUACUAAGAGAUUCUCUUAUCUUUUAGGAUAAAAUAUCACACACAAAUAACCUUGUAUGUUUGUAGGAGAUAGUGGUACUGCUAAAUCAGUUAUCAUCUCAAAUUAUUUGAAUUCUUUACCAUCUGAAAAUUACAUGAAAUUAAAUAUCAAUUUUUCAUCAAGAACUAAAUCUAUUGAUGUUCAAACAGCAUUGGAUGAAAAUAUAGAUAAAAGAUCAGGUCGUAUUUUUGGUCCUAAAAUUGCAGGUAAAAAAUUAAUCAUUUUUAUUGAUGAUAUUCAUAUGCCUAAAGUUGAUAUUUAUGGUACAUAAUAACCUAUUGCUUGGCUUAAAUUCUUGAUUGAAAAAGGUUUUUGUUAUGAAAGAAGUUAAAAUCUUGAUCAAAAAAUAAUUAAAGAUACUUAAUUUGUUGCUGCAGUGUUACCACCUAAUGUUGGUGCUAAUCCUUUGGAUCCAAGGUUUUUAAGUUUGUUUAAUUGCUAUCAAUUAUUAUUCCCAUCUAAUGAAAAUUUAGAGAGAAUAUAUAAUUCCAUUUUAAAAGCACAUUUAUAAGGAUUCCCAGAAGAAGUUUCAUCUACAGUGGCUAAAAUCACUUAAGCAACUUUACAAAUUUAUAGUGCUAUUGUUAUUUAACUUCCACGUACUCCAGUUAAAUUCCAUUACAUCUUCAACUUAAGAGAUUUGAGUAGAAUUUAUGAAGGAUUAUGUAGAAGUACUCUGGAUAAAUUCUAAACAAAGGAAUCCUUCAUUAGGUUAUGGAGAAAUGAAGUAACUAGAGUAUUUGUAGAUCGUCUUAUUAAUGAUUAAGACAGAGAACUUAUUACUGUUGAUAAGAUUCCAAGUCUUAUUAGAGAACAUUUUAGUGAUACUAUUGAAUAUGCUAUCUAAGACCCAAUGCUUUUUGGUGAUUAUUUAACAGCCAAUCCUUUAGAUCCAGAUGUAGUUGAUCCUAAAUUAUAUGAAGAUUGUGGAGGAUUUGAAAAAGUUGGACAAAAAUUCAACUCAUUGUUAUAAGAUUAUAAUGAAGAAGUCAAAGAAAUGAAUCUAGUUUUAUUUAAAGAUGCAUUAGAACAUUUAACUAAAAUACAUAGAAUUAUUAGAUUCCCAUUAGGACAUGCAUUACUUGUAGGUUAUGGUGGUAGUGGUAAAUAAUCUUUAACUAGAUUGAGUGCAUUUACAGCUAGUUAUGAUAUCUUUUAAAUAACUUUGACAAGAGGAUAUAAAGAGAAAGAAUUCAGGGAAGAUUUAAAGACUUUAUAUGAUCUUUUGACAUAAAAGCCAACAAUAUUCUUAUUUACAGAUGCUCAUGUUUUAGAAGAAGGUUUCUUGGAAUUAAUUAAUAAUAUGCUUACAAUAGGAAUGGUACCAGCUCUUUUUGAUGAAGAUGGAAAGAAGAAGAUGAGUGAUAAAAUUAGAGAUGAAGCAAAAAGAAAAGGAAUAUUAGAAACAAAAGAUGAAUUAUGGAAUUAUUUCCUUGAGAAAAUUAGAGAUAAUAUGCAUAUAGUUUUAUGUAUGAGUCCAGCAGGAGAUACAUUAAGAAUUAGAUGCCGUAAUUUCCCAGGAUUAGUUAGUAAUACAUAAAUUAAUUGGUUUUUCCCUUGGCCUGAAGAGGCUUUGGUUAGUGUAGCUACAGAAUAUUUGAAGGAAGAAAAUUUAGAAGAUGAAUAAUAUAGACCUAAGAUUAUUUAACAUAUAACAAAAGUUCAUGAGAGUAUUUAAAUGUUUUCGAGAGAUUUUGAAUUAUAAUUAAGAAGAAAGAAUUUCAGCACACCUAAAAAUUAUUUAGAUUUCUUAUAAAAUUAUAAACGUUUAUUGGCUGUUAAUAGAAAGAAGUAUUAAGAUUUGAUCGUAAGAUACACAAAUGGUGUUCAAAAAUUGGAUGAGGCAUCUGAAUAAGUGAAAGUAUUGUAAGAAGAAUUAGAGAUUAAGAAAGUUGAAGUGAUGAGUGAAAGUAAAGAAGUAGAGGAAUUACUUAAGAUAAUUAAUGCUAAAAAAGAGAUAGCUACUAAAGAUAAUGAGGAAGCCGCUUAAAAGAAAAAACAAUUAGAAAAAGAUAGUGUGGAAAUCAAUUAGAGAUAAUAAGAAGCUGAUUAAAUUCUAAAAGACGCUAUUCCAAUCUUAGAGUCUGCUAAAGAAGCACUUAAUAAGAUUGAUUCAAAAGAAUUAGUUGAAUUAAAAGCAUUGAAUUCACCACCUAAACCAGUUGGAGCAGUUGCAUCAAUGUUACUUAUUUUUAAACCCAUAGAUGGUAUUGAAGGAGAUGGUUGGAAUGCUGCUAGAUAAAUGAUGAAUAAUCCUAUGAAAUUAUUGGAAUAAUUAUAAAAUUAUGGUAAUAAAAUAGGGAAGGUUACAAGAAAUCAAAUUGAAAAAAUUAGAGGAGCAAUGAAAGAUCCAGAAAAUCGUUUAGAUGAAAUAUCAAAGAUUUCUAAAGCUGCAGCUGGUUUAUAUACUUGGGUUUCAGCUACAGUUAAUUUCUAUGAUGUAUAUAAGAAAGUUGAACCUCUUAAAUAACGUUUAGAAUAGAUGACUAAAUAAAAGGAAAUGACAGAAGAAGAUUUGAGAUAAACAGCUAUUAAAUUGGCAGCUUUACAGAAGGAAGUGUCAGAAUUAUAAGUUUAAAGUGAUUAGAAAUCAGCAAGAUUAGCAGAAUUGACUGCCUAAGCAUAAGAAAUGGAAAAGAAAUUAAAUGCAGCUAAAAAAUUGAUUGAAGGAUUGGGAGGUGAAAAGAAAAGAUGGACAGAAGAUACUAUUAAAUUGGCAGAGAUGACUAGAUAAUUGAUUGGAGAUUGUUUACUAGCAGGUUCUUUUCUAAGUUAUGUUGGACCAUUUGAUUAUUCAUUCAGAAGAAGAAUGCUUUAUGAUCAUUGGAUGGUUGAUAUUAAAGAAAAGGAAAUACCAUUAAAUCCAGAAUUUAAAUUUGAAGAUUUAUUAAGUAGUGCAGUAGAAAUAUCUUAAUGGAAUUCAGAAGGAUUACCAUCAGAUGAAUUAUCUGUUUAAAAUGGUAUACUCACUACUAGAGCAUCUAGAUGGCCUUUAUGUAUUGAUCCAUAACUUUAAGCUGUCAAUUGGAUCAAGAAAAGGGAAGAAAAAGAUAUUGCCUUUAAAGUUCUAAAUUUAAAUGAGGGAGCAGGUGUCUUUUUGAAACCUUUAGAGAAUUGUAUUAGAUAUGGCAAACCAUUUUUAUUUGAAAAUGUUGAUGAAGAAUUAGAUCCAACAAUAGAUCCAAUUUUAGAAAAAAAUUUUAUUAUUAAGGCAGGUAUGAAGAGCAUAAAAUUGGGAGAAAACAUCAUAGAUUAUAAUGACGAUUUUAGAUUAUAUUUCACAACCAAAUUGGCUAAUCCUAAAUACACACCAGAAAUCAUGUCAAAGACAAUGGUUAUCAAUUACACAGUAACUUUAAAUGGAUUGAGAGAUUAACUAUUGAAUGUGGUUGUGUCAUUUGAAAGACCAGACAAAGAGAAAUAAAGAUUGGAACUUAUUUAAAGUAUGAGUGAAAACAAGAAAAAAUUGAAGGAAGCUGAAGAUGAUUUAUUGUAAAGAUUAUCAGAAGCUUAAGGAUCAUUAUUGGAUAAUGUUUAAUUGAUUAAUACAUUAGAUUAGACUAAAGCAAAAUCUGAAGAGAUUCAAUAAGCAAUUAAUGAUGGUUAGAUAACUAGUUAAGAAAUUGAAUAAGCUAGAUAAAGUUAUACUACAGUGGCUAAAAGAGGUGCAAUAUUAUUUUUUGCAAUGAGUUCAUUGAGUUCAAUUUCCGAAAUGUAUGAAUAUUCUUUAAGUGCAUAUUUAUAAGUAUUCAAUCAAUCUUUGAGAGAUGCUAGAAAGGAUACUAUCUUGGAAUCAAGAUUAAGAAAUAUCAUAGAUAAAUUAACAAGUAAUGUUUAUGAUUACACUUGUUUGGGUAUAUUUGAAGUUCAUAAAUUGAUGUUUGCUUUCUAAAUGACUAUAAUGAUCUAGGAUGGUGAAAAAUUAUUAAAUCAUGAGGAAUUAGAUUUCUUUUUGAAGGGAAAUACUUCACUUGAAUAAGUUUAGAGAUAGAAACCUUAUGAUUGGGUACCUGAUUCAGGUUGGAAAGAUAUAAUGAGAUUGAUGCAAUUGGCUGAUUCUUAUAGAUUAUUGGCAGAUGAUUUAGAAAAACAUGGUAAAGAAUGGAAGAAAUGGUAUGAUCAUGAGAGACCUGAAUUAGAGACUUUGCCUGAAGGAUAUACGAAAUUGAAUUCAUUUUAGAUUUUAUUAUUAUUGAGAGUGUUUAGACCAGAUCGUGUAAUUAAUGGAGUUAAAAAGUAUAUAUAAGAUAUAUAUGGUAAUUCAAAUUAUGUGUAACCUCCAAUAAUAAAUUAUGAGAAAAUAUUUGAUUAAUCAAAUGAGAAAUCUCCAAUAGUAUUUAUAUUAUCUCCAGGAGCAGAUCCUUUACCAGAUGUAAUGAAAUUAGGUGAUUCAAAAGGAUUCACAGGAGCUAAAUUUAGAAAUCUUUCUUUAGGAUAAGGAAGUGAAUAGGAAGCAUCAUAAUUUGUUGAGGCUGCAUCAUAAAGAGGACAUUGGUUAAUGUUAGCAAAUUGUCAUUUAUUGACAGGAUGGUUGAAGAGUUAUUUAGAAAAGACUUUAGAAUUAAUGCAAAAACCUCAUAAAGAUUUUAGAUUAUGGUUAACAACAUAACCAACAGAUAGAUUCCCAUUGGGUAUAUUAUAAAAGUCAUUGAAAGUGGUCACAGAACCACCUGAUGGUUUGAAAUUAAAUAUGAAAGCUAUAAUGAGUAAGAUAGAUGAAAAUUCUUUAAAUUCUUGUCCUCAUGUAGCAUAUAAAACACUAGUAUAUGUAGUGUCUUUCUUCCAUUCAAUAAUUUUAGAUAGAAGAAAGUAUGGUAAAAUAGGAUGGAAUGUCAGUUAUGAUUUUAAUGAGUCAGAUUUCAAUAUCAGUAGCAGUUUAUUAUCAAUGUAUUUAAGAAAAGCUUAUGAUGCAAAAGAUGAAACAAUUCCAUGGAAUUCACUUAAAUAUUUAAUAGGAGAAGCAAUGUAUGGAGGAAGAGUAACAGAUUCUUAUGAUAGAAGAGUAUUAAUAACAUAUUUGGAUGAAUAUAUGGGAGAUUUUCUGUUUGAUAAAAACAGAGAGUUCCUCUUUGCUUAAAGUGAGGAUUUCAAAUAUGAAGUUCCUAAAGUAUUGAAUCAUGAAGGAUUCCAAACAAUGAUUGAUCAUUUACCACUUAUCAAUUCUCCGAUUGUAUUUGGUUUACAUCCAAAUGCAGAAAUUACUUAUUUCACGAAUAGUGCCAAAUCUAUAUGGGAUAAUCUAUUGUAAUUAAGAGCAUCUGGAGGAGCAGUUUCAGGAGGUGUAGAUAAAGAUAAAUAUGUUAAUGAUGUUAGUGAAGAUGUACUAUCUAAAUUACCUGCAAUAUGGGAUGUCAUAGCAUUAAGAAAAGAAGCAGGAGAAAUAAUAUCACCUACAUAAGUUGUCUUAUUCUAAGAACUUGAAAGAUUCAAUAAAUUAAUCAUAAAAAUCAAUGAAUCUUUAUUUAAUCUCAAACGUGCAUUAAAAGGUGAAAUUGGUAUGAGUAGUGAUUUAGAUGAAUUAUCAUUAGCAUUAUUCAAUGGUUUCUUACCUGCUAUGUGGAGAAGAUUAGCACCAUAAACUGAAAAGAAAUUAGGUUCAUGGAUGAAUCAUUUUAAGAGAAGAGUUUAAUAGUAUACAUAUUGGGCAAGUAAAGAAGAACCUUAUGUUAUGUGGUUAUCUGGUCUUCACAUUCCAGAAAGUUAUCUUACUGCUUUAAUAUAAACUACUUGCAGAGCUAAGACUUGGGCCCUAGAUAAAAGUAGACUCUAUACUUAAGUUACUAAGAAAUUCAAAGCUAAAGAUAUUACUUAAAGAAUGGAAUUUGGAUGCUAUAUUGAAGGUCUCUAUUUGGAAGGUGCAAGAUGGGAUGUUGAACAUAAUUGUCUUAAAAAAUAGAAUCCUAAAGAAUUAAUAUUUGAAAUGCCACUUAUAUAAGUUAUUCCAGUUGAAGCCAACAAAUUAAAAUUAAAAGGUUUUUAAUUCAUCUUAUAUUUAAUAGACACUCUUGCUACACCUGUCUAUGUAACACAAUCAAGACGUAAUGCCAUGGGAGUUGGACUAGUAUUUGAAGCUGAUUUAAGAACUUAAGAACAUAUUAGUCACUGGAUUCUUUAAGGAGUAGCAAUGACAUUAAAUGUUGACUAUUGAAAAUGCAUAUAUAACAC